AUGAACUACGACGGUGACCAGCAGCAGCCACCGGAUGGGAUGAGGCGAUUGGAACGUUCGAUGCUGAAGCUUGAACCUUUUGACCCACCUCAGCCACCGGGCGGAUACGGGGAGCAGUACGGGUACCCAUCGCCCAUUACCCCGGUCACUCCGAACACCCCGCUGGUGUGCUAUCCCAUGAAAAACCGCGUACUUCGACCGGGAGUGAACCGUAAAUAUCGCAAACGGGCCAUCUUGAAGAAUGGAGACUGUAACGUUGUACUGUCGCGUCCACCGCGGCAACAUUUGCGCUUCCUGCAGGACAUCUUCACCACGCUGGUCGAUGCGCAGUGGCGUUGGACGUUGCUCGUGUUUGCGUUCAGUUUCGUCGGGUCCUGGCUGUUCUUCGCCGUCAUCUGGUGGUUGAUUUCGUACACGCACGGUGACCUUGAGGAGUUACAUCUGCCCGAUAACCAAUCUGAAAUCGGUUGGAUACCGUGCGUUUACAACAUCUACUCGUUCACUUCGGCGUUCCUGUUUUCGAUCGAAACGCAGCACACGAUCGGGUACGGUGUGCGUACGACGACGGAAGAAUGCCCGGAAGCGAUCUUCGUCAUGUGCUUCCAGUCGAUCUACGGACUGAUGAUCCAAGCGUUCAUGGUGGGCAUCGUAUUUGCGAAGAUGACGCGCCCGAAGCAGCGCAGCCAGACGCUGCUGUUUUCGAAAAAUGCCGUCGUCUGUCAGCGUGACGGUGAGCUGUGCCUGAUGUUCCGGGUCGGGGAUAUGCGCAAGAGUCACAUUAUCGGUGCCUCCGUGCGGGCGCAGCUGAUAAGAACGAAAACGACGCGCGAGGGCGAAACGAUGGCACAGUAUCAGCACGAGCUGGACGUCGGCUCGGACGGUAGCUCGUCGGAGCUGUUCUUCAUCUGGCCCCAGAUUGUGGUGCACCGGAUCGAUAAGAGCUCGGCGCUGUACAAUCUGUCCGCGUCGGAUAUGCUGCGGGAGCGGUUCGAGAUCGUCGUCAUCUUGGAGGGUACGGUAGAGUCGACGGGCCAAUCGACCCAGGCCCGUUCGAGCUACGUCAACACGGAGAUCCUGUGGGGCCACCGCUUCGAGCCGGUCGUGUGCUACAACAGGGAGCAACAAGGAUACGAAAUCAAUUACAGCAAGUUCGACUCCACGCUGCAGGUCGACACACCGCUCUGUUCCGCCCGAGAGCUGGCCGAGUUCUACCGGGCACAGGACGAUUAUCGCCCGCCAACCGAUGCUGGAGAUAAUGUGUCAACCAAGACACAGCUCGAACGUCGCUGGAAAGAUCACUACAGUACGCUGGUGAACACGCUCAGCCAGUACAAUCUGGCAGAUGACACCGGUGCCGGGGCUGGCACGGAUCAUCUCUAUCCGACGCGCUAUCUCACGAUACAGGGCGUUCCGAGGCGGAAAAAGUCGUACGUCGCAUUGCAAAACAAUCUGUGGAAUUUGUUCGAUCGUCCACCGAAUCCACGGCUAAAGAUAACACCAUCGGAUGACGAUCCUUCCAGUCCGCGCCGUGUUUCGGAUGACGAUCCGAUCGUGAACAGUGUGACGGUGAGAAAUGUGAACGAACGCUGCUAA